AUGGGGAGGGCCUUAGUUAUCUCUUGCGCCGCCUUCUCGGCGAUUGGUGGUUUCCUCUUCGGUUACGAUUCUGGGAUCGCCUCGUCAACCAUCGCACAGCCUCAGUUCAUAAAAUAUUUCGAGCACCCCAGCGAUGCUGUGGCUGGUGGGAUUGUUUCAGCAUUCCAAGGUGGUGCAAUCAUUGGCUGUCUGACAGUGACAUACCUUGGGGACGUUCUUGGUAGGAAGCGAAUGAUCUUCCUAGGAUCGUUGAUAGCUAUUUUCGGAUGUGCCCUGCAAGGCGGUGCAGUCACCAUUGCGAUGCUUAUUGCUGGACGCUUUUUCGCCGGAAUUGCAGUAGGACAACUAAGCAGCACCGUGCCUAUCUACUGUGCUGAAAUUGCUCCUCCAAAUAUCCGCGGUUUGCUCGCAGGAUUGCUACAGUGGAUGUUAUCGUGGGGUUUCUUCGCUGCACAGUGGAUUGGAUAUGGGUCUACAUUCUCCACGUCUUCAUUCCAAUGGCGUUUCCCACUGUCUUUCCAAGUUGUGCCCGCACUAAUCCUGGCUAUCGGUAUCCUGUUUUUGCCAGAGUCCCCUCGCUGGCUCAUGGAGAAAGACAAGCCGGACGAAGCCCUGACGACUCUACGUCAACUCCACUACAAUGGCCACAACGAUGAUUUCAUCGACUUAGAAUUCACUGAAAUGCAAACCUCAAUUCGUGCAGCCGGUGUCAACAAUAAAUUAUCCUGGACAGAAAUCGUGAAAAAUCCCUCCUGGAGACGUCGCCUUGUGCUGGGAUGUAGCAUCCAAGCGUUUGGCCAGCUAUCGGGAAUCAAUGUCAUCAAUUAUUAUGGCCCUCGCAUCUACGAAUCACUUGGAAUUAGCACAUCUGGUGCUCUCAUGAUUACUGGCAUUAACGGAACAACUGGUAUUGUGGAAAACACUAUAAUCCUCCUACUUAUAGACAAGAUUGGGAGGAUUUGGCCCAUCACAAUCGGGGCUUUCGGCAUGGCCGGCUGCAUGCUUACUAACGCUAUAUUGAAUAAGAAGUUUCCGGCUAAUGCCACGAAUCCUAACAGUAACGCCUUACGUGCCCAAGUGGGGAUGAACUUCGUUUUUCAACUGGCUUUCCAAUCCCUCGGAUGCAUCUCGUGGAUAUACCCUGCCGAGAUCUUCCCUACCGAGAUCCGAGCUCUCGGGACCUCGCUGGCUGCUCUUACCAACUGGUCUUUAAGCCUAAUAUUUGCUCAAUGCAGCCCCAUAGCCUUGAGUUCCAUUGGUUUUAAUUAUUUCUACUUUUUCUUCGCCUUCAAUCUCAUUUCUGGUAUCUGUUAUCUUGCAUUCUACCCCGAGACUAAGGGCCGAACUCUAGAGCAAAUGGACGCUCUCUUUGAAGAUGAAAAAGCUAUUCCAUCUCUGGAAUACGGCGAUAAAGCGGCUGAGAUAACAACUAAGAAUAGUCAACCCACGGCCCAUGUUGAGAAGAUAUAA